CGCUGCUGCAUACAAGAACAACUUAAUGCUGAACUUUCAUCUGUCACGACAACAAAGUAUAACUUUCCUCCAUGGAGAGAACAAAUCUGCUGUAACUUGCUGUGAGGAUAAACCAAUGGAAACAACAAAUAACAACAACGAGGACUCGAAAUUAACUCCAGACCCAGGAGGACUGAAGCGUGAUCAGUCACCAGCAGAGAAAGUGUUUGGUCGGCAGCUGAGUGAACCAGUGCGCUUUGCGUACGCUGGGUUAUGUGGAGUGUCUUUGGGCCAGCUGUUUCAAGGACCUGAGCAAAAACGUUUUCGUGAGACGUAUCUGGAGGGUCUUGUUCAGUGGCUGGAUCUUGAUGAGUCGGUCAUGCCGGUUAUGCAAGCGUUCCUGGCAGGGCUCGGGUUCGAAGGCACUGACACCUUCCUGUCCAUCUUGCAUGCGGAGCCGCUGCUCAGAGCCGGAGCUUUACCCAUCACUCAGGUACUCUUGUUUUCCGUGUAAUGACCGUGUUUUGAUUCUUCUCAUGUAGGACAUUAUGAUGCCAGGGCUCGAGUUCUGAUCCGACAUGUCAGCUGUCUGCUGCGUGUGACCCAACAGCAGCUGGAGGAUUUUGAAGAGACUCUCGGAGAGAUAUUGAGAGAAGCAGGAGAGGAGAGCGAAGAAGAGUCAUCAAGAAGACAGAAGAAAGAGAGAGGUCGUAAAUUGCGCCGGUACCUGCUCAUCGGACUUGCCACUGUAGGUGGAGGGACGGUAAUUGGUGUUACAGGAGGGCUGGCGGCUCCUCUGGUGGCUGCCGGGGCAGGAGCGGUGCUAGGAGCGGGUGGAGCCGCUGUGCUGGGAUCAGCCACGGGCAUCGCCAUUAUGGCCUCCUUGUUUGGAGCUGCAGGGGCCGGGUUAACAGGCUAUAAAAUGAACAAGCGUGUCGGCGCUAUCGAGGAGUUUGAGUUUCUUCCGAUGAGUUCUGGAAAGCAUCUUCAUCUCACUGUAGCCGUGACAGGCUGGCUGUGCAGUGGCAAAUACAGUUCGUUUCAGGCUCCCUGGUCCAGUCUAGGAGCGUGUGGCGAGCAGUACUGUCUGAAAUGGGAGUCGCGUUAUUUAUUGGACCUGGGCUCUAUUCUGGAUUCAUUAUGGGAUGGGCUUGUUAGUGUCGUGGCUCAGGAGGCCCUCAAAUACACAGUGCUCUCAGGCAUAGUAGCGGCUCUGACAUGGCCUGCGUCUCUGCUGGCUGUGGCCAGUGUGAUAGACAACCCCUGGGGAGUGUGCCUGAGUCGAUCAGCAGAGGUGGGAAAACACCUCGCCCAGGUGCUCCGGAGCCGACAGCAGGGAAAGCGGCCUGUCAGUCUAAUUGGAUUUAGCCUUGGAGCUCGUGUCAUCUACUUUUGCCUAGAAGAGCUCGCUAAUGAUCAAGGUAGUGAAGGUGUGGUGGAGGAUGUGGUGCUGCUGGGGGCCCCUGUGGACGGAUCUGAGAAAGCAUGGCAGCGGCUGUCCAGGGUUGUGGCUGGGAAGAUUGUUAAUGGAUAUUGCAGAGGGGAUUGGCUUCUUGGAUUCCUGUAUAGAAGUUCAUCGGUCCAGCUGUCUGUUGCUGGGCUCCAGCCAAUCAAUUCGCAAGAUCGCAAAAUAAUCAAUGUGGAUCUGUCAUCAGUGGUAAAAGGACACCUGGACUAUAUGCGUCAGAUGGACACCAUCCUAGUAGCAGUAGGGGUUCCUACCAGGGAAGAAGCUGGAGCCAUGAGUGGCAAACAACAGCUGGUACAUUUAUCUCAGGAAAAAGCAGGCACUCCAGAAUCAGCUGGUCAGAGCAGAGUCAAAGGGGAACCAUCCAUGGACAUUUCAAACAAUGAUACCUCAGACACCACAGAGGCAAAUGUAGAUAAAUACAAGACGCAGACUGUAGACAGGGAACGGUGCGAGAGGAAGGACUCUGAGAAUGGCUGGGAUAUCCCUGAUAUAUCUGAUUUACUGGACUCCAUCAGUGAAUGUGAUGGCGUCCCUGAUCCCUGUCAAGGGAACGCACAUUCGCUAUGCGCUCUCGGAGUCGAGGAUCAUGUUGAACCAUCUCAAGAUCAAGGCAAAAUAGACAGAGACGAUGAAAGUGAGACAGACUGUGAGCACACGUCCUGGGACUGGCACGACACAAACUGGACGACUGAAUGCACAAACACAACCUACCAGUCGCACACUGAAGCACAGGAGCAGUUAGUCAAUGGCAAACCUGCUGGUUCUGAGCCAAGAGCCUUGACAUUUCCUUGAUUCACAACUCAUAAAAUGU